AUGUGCCGCAUCGUGACGAACCAAUCAGAAACAAUCAGCAACGAUUUUUUUGACGAGACGGGAAUAGAUCCGCAUCUUUUCCGGAUCCUCGAGGAAAUAUUGAGGCGCACGAACGUGCUCGUCCAUAGUUACAUUUGCACUCAAGAAAUGAUUCGGGAACGCAUCGAACGUGACGGGCCAGACUCGGUAGCCAACGUCGUGUGCGUGGUUGACACGUACGUGAAAAUAGAAUCGCAAGAGUUGUGGUGGUAUCGGACGAAUCAACGUCAAGUUCGGACCACGUAUUACAACCGCUUAAUCGACUACGUGCGCAGGCGCGUAGCCGAAGCGGGGCCUAAUGCGAGGAUCGGCCGUAUCACCAUCCUGACGGCCGCGUUUAAGGGUAGUUGUCGCGGACAGAACAAACUAUACUUUGACGCUAUGGCAGUCGUUGUCAGACACGACAAUCCGGCCGCCCCGUGUACCAACUUGGAGUCUCGCGUGUGCGCGAAAGGCUAUCCAAAAGCCUUUCGACGCGAUACCGUUCUAAAUUUCCACCGUUUCAACGGAAGACCGGAAUAUGCCCGUCCCGAUGACGGUCGUUUUGUCAUUUUUGCAGGCAAUCGUUAUGAUAAUCGGCGUAUCGUGCCUUACAACCGCUGGGCUGCGAUGAAAUAUCGGACUCACAUUAAUUUUGAAGGGGUCGGAUCUUUUGCCUCUAUCCGAUACCUGUACAAAUAUUGCCACAAAGGACCAGAUUGUAUCACCAUCCAAAUGCGCGGGCAGAAUAAUGAAGUCGAUUGGGACGAGAUUCGUAACUAUACCGACUGUCGAUAUAUCAGCUCGAUGGAAGCGUGCUGGCGUAUUUUCGCAUAUAAAUUACACGAUCGUCCCCACGCCGUAGUUACGUUGCCUGUUCACUUGGAGAAUGAACAACCCGUCACUUUCGAUGAAGAUGAAGACGAAGAUGAAUUACUGACCCGUGUCGCGGACGCAACAAACUACGUGUCUAAAUUGGUGGCGUAUUUCCGUCUGAAUGCGGUAGACCCCGAAGCACAGCGGCUGCGCUACGUCGAGAUACCCGAAAACUACGUUUGGUUUAGAGGAGAGGGGGAAUGGCGUGCGCGUCAACAUUUUAAUAAAAUCGUGGGAGUUAUACGGGAAGUAUCCCCGUUGGAUGACGAAAGGUUUCACCUGCCUAUUUUGUUACAACAUUUACGGGGCGCCACCUCCUUCGAAUCGAUCCGGACGCUAGCCGACGGGUAUGUCUGUCAAACGUACCGUGAUGCCUGCGAGAAGCGUCGGUUACUCGCCAAUUUUGACAUUUACCGCAACGCGAUGCGCGAGGUUUGCGAUCGCGAUUUGCCGCCGCGCGUCAGAAAUUUUUUCGCUCUAAGUAUUUUAGUCUUAUGGGAAGAGUUCAAAGAUCCUUACAUGAUCGCUGAUCUCAUAAGACGCGGUAUUCCGCGGCCGAUCGCGCUUCGCCGCGCUCUCAUUAAUAUUGAUCAAAUCGUGGCGGCAAAUAGCGAGGGAAUAAACCUCAACGAGAUCGGUCUGGACGACCCGGAAGCUGCUGGCGUCAAUGAAGCGAACGCGUUUGCGGAAGUGAGACAAUGCGCGCCGGCGUCAGACGAGCACGAGAAUGUGCUCUUGAGAUUCAGGGACAGAGCGUGCGAGUUGAACGCGGAUCAACGUACUGUUUACAACGCCGUUAUUUACACUUUGUUAAAAAAUAGAAACAGCGUAAAUUCGGAGAGUGCGUUGCGAUAUUUCCACCUCGACAGGGCUAUCGUUGCGGGACUGGAGGCGGACGAGACGUUCGUCAAUAGAAAUUUAUUUUUUGUUCACGGGCCCGGCGGAGCUGGCAAAACUUUUCUCUAUAACGUAAUCGCGGAGCGAAUUCUGUCUGCCGGCGGUGUCCGUCUGAUGGCAGUUGCGUGGAUGGGAAUCGCUGCGUCUUUACUUAUAGAGGGGAGGACCUGUCACCACGCUUUCCGUCUCCCUCUGGACCUGGACGAAGAGUCCACGGUCGGAUGGCCGGCCGAGCACGAAAGGUCGCAAAACAUUCGUCGAACCGACGUCAUUCUUUGGGACGAGGUGUCGAUGACCUCAAAGCAUGCGUUGAACGCGGUCGACAGGUAUGUUUGUGACGUGUGCGAGAACAAUGUGGUUCCUUUCGGGGGAAAAGUAGUACUUAGUUCGCGCAUGGACAUCCUUGCAAACUGA